GUUCGUGCUGUUAUACCACAGUAUUUUUGGGCUUUUACUUUGAAUUUUCACCUUCUCCCAUGCAAAAGUCGAGACCGGAAGCGACCGUCUAUAUUUAGGCUAGUUUAACGCUGCUACUCUGCUCCUCAUUGCCACUACCCUGACACUGCUGUAAUACUUCAAAACAACGGAGAUAGCUUCACACGUUUAUUAUUGGAUUUCUGCGGUUGGUAAAAACACUUUUCACGUGGAAUUAUUUGGAAUGGAGAGACAUGACUCGUGUUCAGAGUGGCCUGUUGAACGACAACAUGAGGACUGUUUGAGCGAGUCCACUCAAGAACGCUGUCCCGUCAAUUUCCCUGUAGCUGUAGUAUUGCCAGCCGCAGGCUCCGGCGAGAGAACCGGACUCUCCACACCGAAACAAUUCUGCAGGAUUCUUGGAAGGCCUUUGAUCAGUUACACAAUUCAUGCCUUUGAGAGAGUGUGUUGGAUUGACAAUAUUGUUGUUGUGGUUGCCAAGGAGAGUCACGACAUGAUGGCAGACAUUCUUCACAAAUACAACCACACCAAAGUCAAAAUAGUGGAAGGAGGACCAACCAGACAUCGGUCCAUUUUCAACGGAUUGCUGGCCUUCAGUGAACCAGGAGUUGGUCCCAAAUUGCAGAAACCAAAGGUGGUCAUCAUCCAUGAUGCUGUCCGGCCAUUCCUUGAAGAGGACUUCCUCCUUAAGAUAACACUGGCUGCCAAAGAGCAAGGGGCCUCAGGAGCUGUGCGCCCACUUGUCUCCACAGUGGUGGCAGCAACCACAGGGGGAUGCCUCGACUACUCCCUUGAGAGGGCCAAAUACAGAGCCAGCGAGACGCCACAGGCUUUUAUUUAUGAUAUCAUCUACCAGGCUUACCAGCAAUGUAGCGAGGCAGAAUUUCAGUUCGGCACAGAAUGCUUGGAUUUGGCUCUGCAGCACUGUGGCACCAGAGCCCAACUGAUUGAGGGUCCACCAACAUUGUGGAAGGUUACACACAAACAAGACUUGGCCUCAGCAGAAGCUGUCAUUAAAGAGUCUCUCUCCCAGUCUGCCUGUAUCAUCUCAGGGGAGUGCACUGAAACACAGAAUCUGUCCAUCUGGAUGAAGAACUGUCUCACUGCAGCGGGCAUGAGGGUGGAUGCCAUACCAAACACAGAGCGAAGCAUGACACUCUCAGCCAGCAGAAAUGUUAUCAAACUUUCCGUGAACAGCUCUGAUUUUGUAGAGAUCAGGGAAAUGAUGAAAAGGUGUGAAGAAUCCAAGGACUUUCUCCUGUAUCCAGUCAUCAUUCUUUGGGUUUUCCUGAAUGUGUCAGAUCAAGUCUCCCUCAGACAAGAAAAUGAUGAAGCCUCUACCAUCAUGAAUUUGGCUGAGGAAGCCAAGAAAAUAAAUAUUUUCCUGUACUGUGUCCAACUCCGUUACAGUAAGGUGUCCACCGAAUGGGAGAGAACAGUGAAUAGACUAUGUCAGCUUACCAUGGCCCUCAUCAGAGACAGAAACGCUGCCUUUACUGGACAAAUGCUGCAGGCCUGACCACAAACACACUCACAAAGACACAAAUGCAUUUCAUCAUGCAACAUCUGGCUUUAUAAUGGAAAUCAUGUAAGGUAAAUGUUGUAUUCAGUUUAUAAAUACUUCCUUAAUGUAAUGUUGCACUUGUAUGUCACCUUUCAAUGUAUAUUGAAUAUACCUGUAACAUCAAAACAUAAAUAAACUGUGGAACAUAAAAAAAUAUUACUUUAAUGAAAGAGCUGUUAUGAACAGCACGCAUCUUAUGACUCGGUGUAUGACAAGACGUGCUCAACAUCAGGGUUGAACAAAACUGGGGUCUUCAGCCACAACAUGAAGUCGGUCCCCCUAAAAAGAUGUAAUUUUGUUUGUAAGUAAGAAAAUGACUAAGUUUGUUUAAAUGCAUGUCAACAACAACCAUGUCGUCAUCUGAGUGAGGCCACCUUCCUACUCGCCAUAAUGCAGAGCUCACACUUGUAGGAGGACAUGUUUGAAUCAUUUCUGUUUCAUUCUGACUAGAAGAUAGCCAUUCUGAUUUACAACUCUUUCAGAAGGCAAUAUAAGCUUGCUGUAAGUGUUAAAUACAGAAAAUAUAUAGAGGGUGAAAACACUGAUUCUAAACUCAAAACUAAUUUUCGAUUAUGAGAGACAAUCCAAACAUCCUUUUUUGUACAUCAGACAAUAGAAUAAUGAUUAAUAAUGAGUAUCAAGUACUAAUUGAAAUUAGUUAUACUUUGCCCUUGCCAAAAAAUAUUUUGUUUUCCAUAUUCAA